UGGGUAUAGAUCCUAAAAUUGCCAAGCGUGGUUGCCGAUAAACGGUAAUGUCCAGAACUUCCUUGCCGACUCAGUCAAUCAUUACCGAUGACAGCGCGCUCUACGAUACGAUUACUCCAACAGCCUUGAGCCACCUCGAGCUCAGCAUACCUGCCUACCACACGGAAGGUCGAUCACCUUCUUCUCUAGCCUCGUCGAUCGGAGGAAUUCCAAAACAUUUGAUCUCAGAGUUUGCUAAUUACAAAGUUCGGGAAACGAGUGAAGCGGCGUUUAUAGUUUUUGGAGAUUGCGAUUUAUCAACGACGCUUCCAUCAAGCUUCACGUAUGUCAGACUCAACAUAAUCUACGAAUGAUCGGGAAAGGUGGGCGUAUCUGUUCGGGGAUAAUUCCGAGUGACAGUCGUCUGGCGGUGGCGAGAUCCGCGUCAUCGCGGAGGAUGCACGCUGUAAACGCUUAGGGAAACGAAUUAUGGAGUCGGGGAAUCGCCGCGCGCUCUUCGGCAAAGGUGGUGAAUGCGCGCGUAUCCUCGGGGAUCCCUCAUCCCUCUUGACGUGACACCUGGCGUCCAAACAUGCACCAAAACAGACGUAAGAAGAAGCGAGUGAACUACGGUGUCAGAGCGGUCGAGGUGAUCCGCGGCGCGAAGGGCUUCGGCUUCACGAUCUCGGGUCAGCAGCCAUGUAUCCUGAGCUGCAUCGUGCAGGGCAGCCCAGCGGAGGGAGCCGGUCUACGGGCCGGCGAUUACCUGGUCGCCGUAAACGGCCACAACGUCAGCAAGGUGCCGCACGACGACGUGGUACAGUUGAUUGGGAACUCCAAGGGAGUGCUGCGACUGCAGAUCGCCGAGAACUAUUACUCCGACUCGGAUGAGGAAGGUUUAGCAACCGUAAGAUCCAAACCCAAGUACGCCCACAAGCCACGGGUUGCUAAUGCAAGUGCCUUACAGCUGCAAUGUAGAGCAGCGAAAGUAGUUAGAGACCUGCAGAGCGGGGCUAUGUUUCACACAUCGCUUGGCAAUGUGGUAUCUGAUAAUAAAGAUCAAUACAAUUAUUCCGUCCUGCAUUAUCGUUGGAAUAUGACGAGUCCACUUCCACCACCGCCGCCUCCGGUGUCUCAUAAACGUGACACUGAAAAGAUAGUGCAUAGAACAGUUGUUGGUUAUCUUGGUACUAUCGAUAUACCAAAUCAGUUGCACCCAUCUUGUAUGAUGCAGGUUUUGAGAAAAUGCAUCAAAAGGCUGAAAGCGGAAAAGCGAAAUCCAACUACUGUUCUUCUCACUAUUUAUGUUGCCAAUAUUAAACUCACCAAUUCGGAAAAUCGCGUCAUUGCCGAAUACCCCUCGUAUCGAAUAAUAUUUUGUAAUUCGUUUUCCGAGCAAGAUAAACAGUAUUUUGGAAUAUUAACAAAAUCCAUGAAGAAUACGGACGACAUUGUCUCGAAUUCGUGUCACGUCUUCACUAUUUAUUAUAAAUUGAUCGAUCAUGAAGUGCAUUCCAGUGCGUGUAACGUGUUUGGUUUUACGUGUACAAAAUCAUCGGAGCUAAAUGUUUGUCAAGAAUUUCCUGACAGUUGUACGAGUCUUAUCGGUGCCAUACAGACGUUGUAUAUAUCUGAUUGCACGAAUGGAGAGAAUCCGUACAAUGAAGCGCGCAUACGACUGGACGCUGCUUCUCCUCAACCGAGCAACGUUAGUACGUCAACUGCUCAUUCGAGCAAUAGUGAUUCUGGAAUUGGUUUUAAAGAUGAUUAUGGCAGCUGUUCGGGUCAAAACACGGCAAAUGAUUGCGAACGAAGAAGGCAACAUCCUUCCAAUGUGCAAUAUAAGAAUAUAAGCGCGCGAUCGUCCAGAGAAUCUGCUAGUGAGGCUGCUGAGCACCGUUUGACAGUUCGCGCGAUCUCGGAAACCAGAUGGAGUAAGGAACCAAAAUUCAUCGAUUUUUCUAAAGGGAUGCGACAUGUGGCGGGGAGUGGGGAGAGCACCACCUGCGCUGGAACAUCUGCCCCUGUCGUGGCGGCCCAUAGCGCAUUGGCCAGUACGUCCGUUGGAUCUCUCGCGUCGGUUUGUACCACGGCGUUGCUCGACGGCAUCGAGGACGCCGCGGAAUCGUCUAAAGCGGCAUCGACAGCGAAACUCAAGCGUCUUAUGGACACUACGAAUAAACUCAGCCCGAAGGUAUACUGCGGCCAGGUUACAAAAUCGCUAGUGCAUAGCUUGGAGGAUAUCAAUUCUAGCAUGGAAUACGCGCGACCACCCUUCUGUCAUUCGUAUUCCAGCAAGUCUGACAAACCUCGUCCAUGGGGAAGCCUACAAGAGAUACGGAAUUUCGGAAACAGCGUUUCGGGCAAUUGCAUAUACGGUAGUACAGAAUCCUGUGACAAGAACAAUGAUUGCAAAGGAGUACACACGUGGGCAAAUGGAUUUGAAAAGCUGCUGGAAGAUCCAAAAGGCUUGCAAACAUUUGCUGAGUUUCUCAAGAAGGAGUUUAGUCAUGAAAAUAUAUAUUUUUGGGCUGCUUGUGAGAGAUACAAAGAUACUAAAGACGCUGGUAUGCGCCGUCGAUUAGCAUGUCAGAUAUAUCAGCGUCAUUUAUCGAAUACAGCUGCCGAGCCAGUAAACGUCGAUAGUCAUGCAUCAGGACAAAUUACCCAAGAAUUGCUCGACGAAGCACCCGCUGAUUUAUUUCUGCAGGCUCAGAAACAAGUAUUCAACCUAAUGAAGUUUGACAGUUACCCAAGAUUCUUGCGAUCGGAACUUUACCGUGCCUGCUUGGAAGCAGGGAGCGCUAUAGUUGACACAGAGGACUGUGAUCUACAUCUUACAAAUUCACCCAGUGUAAAAUUGAAAAAGAGUCAUUCCGAUGCAGAGGAUCGUUGCCGGAAAUCGAUUCUUCCUUGGAAUAGGAAAAAUAGAUCUAAAUCGAAGGAUCGUGGUGAAUCCGAGUACAACAAAGUCCCUAGUCGAAGUGAGACUAUAUAUAAAAGUUUUACAACCAUCAAGAGAGACACAGAAGGUAACAAUAAUGAAGACAGUGUGUCGAUCUCCAGUAGUCGGUCAUCAUUAGCGUCAUGGGAUUUGGCAUUACGGCAGUCGUUUAACAAACAUUCUCUAUCCUCUUGCGAUGGUCAAACAAACGAAAAGAGAGAGGCUCGCAGCAAAUGUACGGGAUUGUGUCGAGUAAUAUUGCCCGAUGGUUCCACUACAGUAGUGACAACUAGCCAAACCGAGAGCAUUAAAGACGUGGUAACACGCCUCCUUGAUAAGCGAGCCCUACGAUAUUCUAAUUAUGACGUUCUGAUAUUAGCAACAGAUGAGAUGGUAGACACGAAAUGUUUUUCGUCAGUAUUAGCAGGCCAAGAAGUAGAGGUUGUUCUUACGAAAGUUCUAAAGGUAGAAUUGCCCUCGCGAAGAAUAAUAAGCGUUAUCGCUCACAAGGGAAAAACUCUGAAAGAAGUAUUGAGGCCUCUUCUAAAUAAAUAUGGCUUCAAUCUAGACUUAAUUAGUAUUUGGAAUGAAGGUCAUUGUGUUCCUAUGGAUAUUAUGGCCAUUAAUGCCCCUACGCGCCUUAUUGUAGUGGCAAAUGAAGAAGAUUUUCAACGAGAGUUACAUACUGCCAAAUAUUUGGAUGAAGUACCACAUGUACAACCAACUUUGGAUGAAAUUACUAAUAAAGUAUUUGAAGAGUUAUUAGUUGGGAAAAGUAGAAAUAAAUAUCAGUAUAGCGAAGGGUCAUGUAAGUCUGAUGAUCAACGCUCCGAAGGAUCUUCUAUAUUGUCUAGUAAAUUUUUUCUUCGAGAUUCGACAAUCCAUGGAAAGAAGAAGAUAAAAUCUAAAUACUGCAAUAUAACUGAGAAAGGUAAUACAAAUGAUUGUGUACAUGAGGGAGCGCCCGUUAAAUCCCAUCCUCCGCUUAUCGCAAAGUGGCGUAAUGGCGUAAAAUUGCAACUUCCAGGCCGAUUCGACGGAGACGAUUUAUACGAAGGAUUAAAAAGAGCGCAACGGUCGAGAUUAGAAGACCAGAGAGGGACGGAGAUAAACUUUGAACUACCGGACUUCUUAAAGAACAAGGAGAAUGGAAAACCGUCGGAUUCUAACAAGAUGCGAAGAACCCGAGUGGUGUCGGCCAAUUGCGAGGGCACUACAAAGUUUUACGAUUCUAGCGAGGAUAAGCAAAGUAGCUGUAGCGGGUACGACUAUCCCAUGCACGUUACGAAUGGAGUUUUGAACGAACGAUUCUCAGGCUUGGUUACAGAACCUUUGAGUAAGUGCCUUGACAACUCAUUCACUCUAGAUGGCGAUAGAACAUUGGUGGACGCAGAUCAGACAAUUAUUGAGAAUUGUACCAAUUCCCAAUCGAAGAUUUCGUGCUCGGAAAGCUACGAUACCGACAUGUCUCGCGCGAAAUUAUCGAAACCUCCGCCGUUACCGCCGAAACCUAAAAAUCUUGUUGUGAAUGUGGUGAAAAGCGGAUACAUAAUGUCUCCCAAAACUUUGCAAAGGCCCAAUCAUGUGAUCGAAUGAAGCAAUCUGAAUCCUGUAAAGAGAAGAAUAUUUUUUAAUUAACGUAAUGUUUAGUGUACAUCGUUUUUUAUGUGAUGCCACGAUUUCGAAUACGACAUGGUAAGAUACCUGAAUAAUACCUUUAUUAUGUUUAUGAAUUAUUAGAAAAGAUAAUUCCCUACAUUAAAGUGUUUACUGGUGUGUGGACAAAAGAUGUAGGGCUAUUAUUAAGUAAUCGCAUUUUCCUAUUAUGCAUUUUUCUAUCAUAUAUUCACAUCCCACAAAUUAGAUUUUAUCGCGAAAACUUUCUGCCCUAUUUGUGCCUUGACCCUAGAACGCUACCGUACAUAAAUUUUAUAUGUAUCAUUUGUAAUAACAUAUGUCGAUCUUUUAAGGAUUUUUGUUAUUUUAUUAUUUUUUACAUCGUGUACAAAAUACUUAUAUAUCGCGUUUACUUCAUAUUAAUAUUGCAUAUAAUAUGUGAUUUGUUUCAUAUUUCAUUGAUUUUUAUUUUUAAUCGAUAAAAAAUGAAUAAAUGAAUAUGAUUUUUUUUUAUUAUACAUAACAUUUAUGUAUCGAUAGUAGUGAUAUAUAUAUAGUACUGAAUGACGAUAUAGCGUUCUAGAGUUAAAUUAGAUAGUAAAACAUGUAUUUAUAACAUAUAUUUUAUAUAUUCAAAGAAUUUUUACCAUCAAAUUUUCUCUCUCGACCAGAAAAAAAAAAAUAAAACAAGGAAAGUCUACGUGAUGAUAAUGCGCUUAUUAGAUAAAUACAUAAAAACAAAUACUAAUAAAAAGAAAUACAUUCCAGAGGUGCGUAGCAAAAUAGAGAAAAGAAAACGAUUUAUUUUACAGUAUUUCGAAUAACUUUAUUAAUUAAAUAUGUUUCUGAAAACAUUUAUGCUCUGUAGAAUACAGUGAAGCAUUUUGAAUAAUAUUGAGGUUUAUUAUAUAGACUAUGUGGGACUCUAUAUUGUACAUUUGAGCAUUGAUGCGCGCUGAGAAGAGCUUUAAAUGUAUAGUGAUACAAAAAUGUUUUAAAAGUUGAAAAUUGAUAUUAACUUUUUGAAAUAGCUCCACUGUACUCUACAGUAAUUUUGAUACAAUUAUCGUACUUUACGCACACUUAUGGAAAAAAAUGUGCAUAUAUUGCUUUAUAACAAUGAAAAUAUUCAUUGUAAAGAGAAUUAUGUAAAGCAAUUUUAUUAUGUAUUGUAUUGGUGGGGUGGAGCACCUAUCGUGACACAUGCUAAUAUAUUGUAUUAUUUGACUACCUGAGAGAAUUAGAUAAACUAAUAAAUUUUCUAAAUUUUAUAGAAAA